AUGCCGUACCAAGUGCUGCCGGGCCUCGCCAUCAUCACUGGCAUGUUCACGAUCUCGGGCCUCGCGAUCGGCGGUAAGAAGCUCAUCCUGCGCGACGACUGGGACCGCGCCCUCGACGCCCGGGACAUGCGGUUAAAGGAUCGGAUCCAGUGGGAAGAGAAGCUCAAGGCAGAAGGCAAGUGGCACUAA